UACGGUUUCCUUGAAGACGACAUGAAGGAAAAGAGAAAGAAGAAGCCAUCAUCUGGUGUGGAUCGGUGCUCGUCAAUUACUCAUGGCUGAGAGGCACGAAUCUCAACCGCACCGCAAGUCAACAGGAAGGCGAGAUUCCUCAGCCCCUCGUGCGGAGCGCGCGAGUGCGAAGACCAAGACCGCUGGCUCAGAAGCUCGCGAAACCCACGGGCGCCCUGAUGAGGGCGGUUCUAGGCAUGGUAGCCACGGAUCCGGCAACGCCGCGCAGGAAAGGGUGGACUCGCACAAUCCUCCUCCUGGUGAGACUAAGGUCGGUGAAGUAGCGGCCCCGAAGUUCUUGCCACCCACUUCGUCAGACGGCCCAUCCAAGGCGCCACUGCCGAACGUUGGCAGCGCGCACGUGACUGCCGCUACGCUGACCUCGCGCCAACAGGUUCCUUCGCUACCGGAGAAAUCUAAGCCUCCGCCAGAUGCCACAAAAGACGGCAAGGAGCGGCAUUCUAGACGCAGGUCGAGCCGCAAAAGGAGCUCCAGCACACGAAAUGUGGACGCGACCGCGUCAUCCGCCUCCAAUCGGGCGCCGUCCAUAUACGAUCUCGAAUACAGCGUUACCGGUCAUCAGGAUACUUUAGGGCUUCUCUUACCACCGGCAGAUUCCAAAGAACGGCUCUCCGCUACCUCCACUCACGCAAGCGCACCAACGCGUAGGAGAUCGUCUAAGCGCAAACGCACUAAGGGAGCAGGCCGUCGAGGGAAAGACGUUUCUCAGCGCUCUCCCAGCGAUCCGUCUCCCCCUACAAGAGCCCAUGAAAAAUACGAACGACUAGCCGAAGAACCCGCCAAUGAGCACGUUACUAAAGUAGGUGAGGAAGCGGACCGCACGCCGCAGAUGUCAUUCCAAGGCCGAGAUGCUGCUUGGUCAAAAGUCACUAAAGAGCUGCCGGCCUCCAGAGACGCGGAGCAUCAGGCAACCGAAGCCACUGUCCUAAUGCAGACGUACACUGGCGAUGGGAUCACGAAAGGGGUCGCUGCUGGGGCCAAUGAUGCAACCCUUCCGAACAGCCCAUGCGCGAGGGACGACGUCCGGAGUGUCGAGACGAACGAGCCACCGAAAGUUCGAGCACACGACAUCCAUCCUAUUGUCCAACGGAGAAUGACUACUGCCGAGGUGUUGUGCAGCGCGUUCUUCGUCAUCUGCGUGGCCGCUGCCUCUGUCACCUUGGUGCUCAUGACCAACUACGAUACCAUCGAGCAAGUCGCGUGCAUCGAAUCUCCAUGUGUCGCAGCCAGAGGGCACUUGUACGCCCUUCUCAACACCAGUGCAGACCCUUGCGUCGAUUUCUACGACCACGUCUGCGGGCAAUGGGUCAACCGCGAGACCGGAGGCAGCUUCCGCGACGACAGCGUCAAGGCGUCUGAGGUCAAGUUGCAAGAGGCCAUUGCAUCCGACCAGCUGGGGAACUACGAGAGAGUAGGUGCGAAGGUGCUGAGUCAGGUCUACAGGACUUGCGAGCGGUACGCGGCUGUCGAGACGACGCUCACCCAAGCCCUCGAGUCUGCGGAUGCCUUCCUGUCCCUGUCGAAGAUUCAAAGAGCCGACAGUAAAGCUGUGGUCGCCGGAUUUCUCAUGCGCACCUGCCUGGAGACUGGUUUAUACUCCGUGGUCGCAAUGAUGAUAGUUCGGGACGGAGGUGAGGAGCCCCUGUACGUAGCCCCGGGUUCAUCCCUUAACAAGAGGUUCUUGAGGAGCGGCGACAGCAUGGGCGCCACGACGAGUGAAAGCCACUCUUGGCGUCUUCUGCGCCAGGUGCUCGAAGCCUUCCCGGACGUCGAGAACGCCACGGAUGUCGCGCAGGUGCUCUACUGGCUCGACGCCGACUUGGACAUGGCGUUGGAAACAUAUGACAAGUCCUUUCUAGAGCGUGCUCCCUUUGACGUCGCCUUUCAUGGGUUCGUCGACGGCGUCACGGUCCCUGAGUGGCUGAAGGCUGCCAACGUUAUCCUUCCUGCCUGGCGCGCUCUGGGGCGUCGAGGCACCGUACUGAUGAGGGACGCGAAGAUUCUUAGGCACGUCUUAAGCGUUCUCUUCAGUAAAGGCAUCCGGAUUGCGGCGCUUUACUUGUCCGCCUAUUUGGCAUCGUACGUGGCCACCAUGGAAAACGACAAGCGUCUAGUGGUGUCCGGCGAGAAGAGCGUGGCAUGGCUGUGCCUAAGCAGGGCCAAAGAGUGCCUCACCAAGACGUGGCCGCAGCUGGUAGCCACACUGAUACGCGCGCGAAGCAGCGCAAGUCUCCUCGAAGACAUAUUCACCACCAUCAAGAAGGAAUCGACGAGUCGCAAGGUCUUCACGUGGCUCGGCGAAAAAAGUCGUGGGGUAGCCAGUCAGGAAGUUGCCAGCACUCUGGUGGUCGUCCAAGAGCCAAUCGAUCCGAAGACUAAUUACAGCGGCCUGGACAUCGGCGAAGGAGCCAACAAUGACUCCCUCUUCACUGACAGCGACGACCACGCGCACUCGUUCGUGUCCAAGUACUGGCUUGCGCGACGACACGACCAGCGGGUUCGCAUGGUCAGCCCGCCAACCAUGCAGGGUCAGCAGUCCAUGCGUCAUAGCUACAUUGGCGACGUGGCUUAUUUCCGACGCGUAGGCGUCGUCGUGGUGCCCGGCCUUUAUCACAGGGAGCCGUACAUGUACGGCUCGGACGUGCCUUCCUACUUCAACUACGGCACGGUGGGAGCCCUCCUGGCAAGCCAGGUGGCAAUUAUAAUGCACCCAGAUUUUGCUGGGUUCAGGCAAGGCGUGUCCUGGUGGGCCAGGGACACCCACGACAGGUACUCCCUCCGCAUCCGAUGCCUCGUCGACCUUCACUACCGGCUCGGCUUCAAGGAUCAAGUUGCUGAAUCUCCGCAGGAGCAGCAGGCGACCAUGUACACCAUCGUCCAGGGCCUGCGGCUUGCCUUCGACGCCAUGGCCGCAGACUUUCGAAACCACGCCCCAAACUACGGCGUCUUCAGCGCUCACUGGCCGGAGGCGACGCGCAUCUUCUUCAUGCGCUACUGCCUGCUCUGGUGCAGCGCAUCCCGGCGGCCCCAUCCGCUGACACCGCGCGAGAUGUGCUUGCUGCCAGUUCACAACAUGCCAGAGUUCAGUGACGCCUUCGGGUGCUCCGACAGCGCGCGCUACGUCAAGGGACGCUGCCGAAUGUAGACUUGCAGUGUGAAGUUCCCGACGAUCAUUGCGGCGGCGUUCACCCUACGUAUAUACCGGAUCCGUUAGUUUUGCUUACCCUGGGGAUACCUUGAGAAGUGAGGCCUUAUCUACUGAAUUUUCUUGUUUGCUCGACGAAAUCUAUGUGCUCUUCUUAUUGAUCGUAUCGUGCUACUACUAUCAGUGCAUUUUUUCUCAUGCGGCUUGUUUCUCACUCCAUGUGGUCAUGCAUAUUUCGCUAUUGUCCGCCUGUGACUGGUCAAAGCGCCUGUAUUUAUUGUGCUAGCUGCUACCUGUGCAUGAGCUGUGCACGGCGCCCCGAAGCCAUUCCAAUGCUUUCGUACAGAAUUGAGUCGAUGCUUAUGGUUAAGAUGAACUGGAAGAAAACUGAAACCGUGUGUGCUGCGACCAUGCAGCGAAGGCACACGAAAGGAGUACGAAGCAAGGUACAAGUAUCAGUUAGUUUGGAGGCCCUACUAAACGGGUUUACAGUGUAUAACGUAACAGUUGGCGUUAUAGAACGAACGCUGGUUUCAAGUGAUGUGACUAUGCCAUAGCCUGGUGAUUUUCUAUUUUUUACUUUGCAUUUUUGGUGCUUUCAUUAGACAGUCCUAUACAAGUGUUACUUCUGCAGUUAAAAUCUGUUGGAAGUCA